CCAGUCUAUCGCGACGCGCCGGCGCUAGCGCGUGCGCACAACAACCGUGUUUGUCGAUUUUCGUAUUUACUCUUGAGUGAUUUUUUUAUUAUUCGUGAUGCGUUUCGCGGCGUUCGCGCUGCUACUAUGGAUCGGCGUGUCCCGGGCGCACUACCUGGGCAAGGAGAUCGGGCCGCUGUCGGAGCUGCACCACGCCGUCCGCGGCAGCGUAUUCGCGGUCGACUCACGCACGCUAUACCUGCACGACUUCCAUUACGAUGGAGAAGGACCCGCUGCAUACUUCUACGUCGGCACGUCAAAAUCACCGACCGCAUCUGGUUCUCUCCGCCUGCGUGACGAGCGAGGCAGUACGACGCCUCUACGACGGUACCGCGGGGAAGGCAUCACACUGUCUCUACCCGACGGAAAGACGCUGCGUGACGUUAACUGGUUCUCCGUGUGGUGUGACGAGUUUUCAGUAAACUUCGGUUCCGUGGACAUUCCUCGCUCGUUGGAGUACCCCAAGCCCGCGAAGGUAGCGGCGCUGCGCGGUGUGCACGGCGUGUCCUCGGACGCCAUCGUUGUGGUGGACGCGCAGACGCUGCUCAUACCGAACUUCUCCUACGACGGGGAAGCCCCUGAUGCUAAGUUCUGGGUGGGUCGCGGCGACAAGCCGUCCCCGCAAGGCAUCCGCAUACCCGACGAGAACGGCAAGGAGUCGCCGCUCCGCAAGUAUGACAGGAAAACAAUCGUCCUCACAUUACCUGGAGAAUUGACGGUAUUCGACAUCGGUCACUUCGCGGUGUGGUGCGAGGCGUUCACCGUGAACUUCGGUCACGUGGUUCUGCCGAGAGCCACGCUAGUCAACGUGCCGCCCAGUCUCAAGAUGCUCGGUGUUUCCCCGCAGUCGAAAUUGAACUGCGAGGUGCUACACGACGAACUGGCCUUCGAGGUGCGGUGGGCCAUCGCCGGGGACAGCAUUGUCUUGCAGCUCGUCGCUAAGCUUGAGGAUGGCGAAUACAUGUCGUUCGGAGUGUCCGGCGUUAACGAUCACUCGCAGAUGGUGGGUGGUGACGUGGCCGUCGCGUGGGUGGAUAAAACCACUCUCAAGGGCUUUUCAGAAGAUUACUAUUUAGAUGCAAAGAGUCAAUGCGCUGGAGUGCACGGCUCUUGUCCGGAUCACAAAAUAGCGCCUAACACGAAUUCAAUCCGUGUCCUUAAUGCUGCUUUGGUGAAUGGCUACUCCAUCGUGACGUACCAGCGACCGCUUAAGGCUUCCGACUUCUUGGACCGACCUGUGCUCACAAAUGUCAGCCAGCCAAUCAUCUGGGCUAUAGGACCUCUAAAUUCCAAGCAGGAGGUGUCGUACCAUCAUCAUUUUACCAAGGGUGACAAGUUCAUUGAGUUCGGUCGACCACCGCUGUGGAACUGUCCGAUGCCGGAAGGUGAAGAGGAGCACAGAACAUCAGAGCCAACUCGCCAAGAUAAACCAAGAAGACCGUCUGAGGAAGACGAAGAGGAUGUUACUGCGGUGAUCAAACCCAACCCAGUGCCUACUCCACGCCCGUCUCCCAAGGUAACGCCUUGGGAAAUCCCCGGUAUACAAUGUUAUGAACCCCCAGACGGCGUGUUCUACGCGCAAAUGGGACCUACUGGAGGAAAGCAAGGAUAUUCUGCUAUAACGGGUCACGUGGGUUGGGGUAUUUCAUGGUACAUCAACGGUCUCUUGAUUCCUGAAAUCACGGUAGUCCGUGGUAAGAAGUACACGUUUGUGGUGGAAGGUGGUACAGACCCCGAAGUACCAGCUCGCUACCACCCCUUCUAUAUAACUAACGAUCCCGUCGGUGGAUACUAUCACAAAUCUGACGCUGAGAAAAAGGAUAUAGAAAUAUACGCAGGUGUACGUCGUUUGCGUAACGGUGAAUUGUUACCGAAUGGUGUCGGUCGUCUUUGUAACUGGACUCCAGAUAAUGAAGGACCUGAAGCUGACGAGUACCCCAGCUUCGGAGCAUACCAGCGUUCUCUGACUCUUGUCUGCGAGGAAGGCAACCCCGGUGUCGUCACGUGGACGCCAGAUAAAAACACCCCGGACACUGUCUACUAUCAGUGUUUCACUCACCGAUAUCUCGGUUGGAAAAUAAAUGUGGUCGAUGAGUGCGACGCCACGGAGGCAGAGGAAAGUCGCGUAGUAGAGACUUUAGCCCUCCCCGGUGACCUUUUGGGGGAGGAGUCUAUUCAGGUACAAAGCCGCGUGAAACCGGAAUCAAAAUAUUUAGAUCAGCGAAAAAAACUUGAAAAAAUAAUCAAUACGAAACAAAAUUAUAACGAUUUCAGUAGCAAUAAUGGAGUAAGCGGCCUCUCGGGAGAAGUGUACCCAGAACCCAGCAGAGACUACUUGUACCCGAGUGGACACGAGUAUGAAUUGCCAAUAUCACAAGUGCAAAUUAAGGAAGUUAUUAAAACUGUAGAAAGCUUAGAAGAUCAAAUGAAAGACGAGCUCAAACGAAACACAACGCAACCACAGAAGUUAAUGCAGUAUCAAGUUCAUGAAGACGUCAAGGAGAUGUUUGUACCAGAACAACCUAUAAGGGAUGGAGACGAAUACAUAGUCGAAACGGCUAAAUUGCCUGGUAGUUUUCUAUUACCACCAAAUCAGAAACCUCAGACUCUACAUAAUGUAUUACGUCCAAAUUCCCAGACUAAGCCAAUGGGAAAUAUGAGGCCACCUUUCCGAAGACCUACACCACCCGAAAUAAAGCUACGUAGGCCUUUUCCUAUGUACCCAAAAGGAAAUAAUGCCUAUCCUUUGUCAAUGCCAAAUCCCCAACAUGGUCCACAUGGAAUGUCGAAAAAGCCGAACAAGCAUCACAACAAUCGACCUCCAUCUAAUAUGAAUAGACCUCAACAGCCUAAUAUUCCACCGAUGAAGGCAAUGCCACCAAUGCAUCCACCAAAAUCUAAUUUCAAUCAAGGCCCCCCAAAACAUGCACCAAAAAUUAAUAGCAAACCUGUACAAUCAGUAAUUAUGGGUAAACCUGGACAUAAUAUUGUGGUACCAUCUCAAAGCCAAACUUUAAGCUUAGGACAUACAGAUAUAAUUGCUAAUCAAGUCGUUAAAAGCCAAAUCACCUUACCCGGAGCCAAUGAUGCAGUAGCUCAGCACAGUGUUCCACAAGUGUUUUUCAAUAAACCAGGGCAAAUAAUACUUGGCAAGCCUAUGGAUCACCCACAACCAUUAGACCAACAAAUGACACAGAGCAAACAACAUUCUACUCAUCCAGUAAGAGUAUCUUCAACCCCAUCACCUGACGAUUAUCGGCAUUCUUCUACAACCCGUACAAGAAUAAAUGAACAUCGAGAACAUCAUGAACAUCGUGAGCAUCACGAACAUCAUCAACAACCACACACUCAAAGCGAAAUGAAAUCAUCUGAUUUUAUCGGCGAAUCUACAGAUUCUUCGACAUAUGCACCUGCACAAAAUACUGGUUUUAAGCCGGAUUCAAUCGUAAUCGAAAGUGGUUUUAAGCCUAUAAUUCGUGAACCUUUGAUGGCGGGUGAAGAUAAAAUAGCAGAAUAUAACGGUGAUAAUGCAAAUAGAAGAGAAGAUACAGACGUUGAAGAAGAUUAUGAAGAAUCUCCACAGUAUAUCAAUACUAAUCACGCUUAUCCUAGUGAUAAAAUAACUGAAUCAUUUGAACCAAUGUUCAUACCUUCUCCACCUGAUCAUUUGCUAUCUAAUAAAGGUAUAACUAAAGAAGUAUUUCCGAAAAAUCAUGCUAAAGAAGAUAGGCCACAUCCUGUUUACGUUAAAACAGAAAGUGAGUUAAAUGCUCUAUUUGGAAAGAAAAAUAUGGAUCGAGAUGCUCCUUCAGAUAUGAUAAUGGAAUCAGACAAAUUAAGUCCUCAAUAUUUACCUCCUGCGCCUAAAUUACCAAAGGAACAUUCUCAAAAAUUAACAUCCGGACAAACGUUUACAACUUAUGACGGCAAAACAAUUUCUGCUGAAACAUUAACCAGUGUCCCAGAGGUAAAUAAGGGUAAUACUAAGUUAUUUUCUUCUAAGCUUCCAGCAAAUACAGAGUUACUUCUAAAGACACCACAGUUUGGACCUUUUAAAGGAGAAAUCCCUCCAGUAGUUGCUGAUCAUAUAAAAACAGAUACUGUUUCUAGUGUUCCCGCUCCAGUAUUUACAAAUACACGAUCGACACAUUUAAAACUUGUUAACUCUUUGCACAAAAUAAAUCCGCCAGAAAUAUAUGACUUAAGAGCUGAAGGCAGUGAAAAUCAUGAAGAAAAAUUAGAGACUGAACCCCCUAAUGAAGAAGAGGAAGAUGAAGAAUAUGAAGAAGAUACGAUAGAAGACGAAGAAAGUAAGCGUCGAAAAAGAGACACAAAAGUAGCUCAAUUCGAAAUGGGCAAAAUCGAGGAGGGAACUACUGACAUAAACACAAAAGAGAAUGAAUCAAUAAAUCACGUCGAGUUUGAACUGUUAUCUUCAGCUCCAAGAUUAAGUUGUACUCAAUUUUUCACGUAUAUUUUAGUAGUAACUAUUUUGAAAAAAAUCAUGUAGAAAUUUGUCAAGCUU